AGAGGAGGAGACGGGGGGAUAAAGGGGAGGAGGAGGAGGGACAGGAUAAUGAGCUAUUCUUGGAGCAGCGCAGGCAGCGGCCAGGACGCACCGACGAGCUGGAAUAAGAAGUGCGGCGGCGGCGUUAAUCCCGCCAGUCGCAGCGGCACCGGACACGACGAGCCCAGUCCAAAUCCCAAACCCGGUCCAAGUCCUGGUCCCAGCGACGGCGAUUCGAGCUCGAACCACGAACCAAAGGAGGCCAUGAAAGUCAAGAAAGGCUGCAACACCACGGACGUGGGAGUCCCCAUCACCACCGAGGAGGACCUGCUGACCAACACCAUCAUCACCCCGGAGGACGUGCUGGGAUUGCAGAAGAUCACGGAAAACUACUUGUGCAGUCCAGAGGACAACGUAUACAACAUUGACUUUACACGGUUUAAGAUAAGGGACAUGGAGACAGGGACAGUGCUGUUUGAGAUUACAAAGCCUCCAGUUACGGAUAAAGCUGGAGAGAAACGAGACAUCGACCCCAGCGCUGGACGAUUCGUGCGAUACCAGUUCACGCCGGCGUUUCUGCGUCUACGUCAGGUGGGAGCCACUGUCGAGUUCACAGUGGGCGACAUUCCCAUCAAUAACUUCCGCAUGAUCGAGAGGCAUUACUUCCGCGAUCAGCUGCUGAAGAGCUUCGACUUCGAGUUUGGUUUUUGCAUCCCUAGCAGCAAGAACACCUGCGAGCACAUCUACGAGUUCCCGCCGCUCUCGGAGGAGAUCAUGCGCGAGAUGAUCCUUCACCCCUACGAGACGCAGUCCGACAGCUUCUACUUUGUGGACAACAAGCUGGUCAUGCAUAACAAAGCAGACUACUCGUACAGCGGAGGGCCUUAAGACGUCAGCUUUAAGGGAGCUCGUCUGGAUGGUUUGUCUGAACGAACACCCGAAUGUUCGGUUCUCAUGUGUCUGUGUUGAUGACAUGUGGUAAUGCGUGUCUGUAUGAGACCAGUGAUUUUAAUGACCAUGACCUUACACACACAUAAAAAUAUAUACAUAUCAUAAAUGUGUUUUUUUCUUUCCACAACACACCAGCAAAUAUACUGAUUAUUUGGUUAAUAAAUCCUUAUAUUGGUGAAUAUUCUUUUUUGAGACAUUCCACUUUAUAUAUAUAUAUAUAUAUAUAUAUAUAUAUAUAUAUAUAUAUAUAUAUAUAUAUAUAUAUAUAUAUAUAUACCGAUGGUGGUAAAGGUUAUGAUUAGGGCUAUUUGAAAGACUGCUCCACUGUGUGUGUGUGUGUGUGUGUGUGUGUGUGUGUGUGUGUGCAAGAAAGAGAUUGGGUAAUGUUUUAUGCUGUGAAACUGCUGAUUGUUUACCGGAGUGUGCGUUUGAGCGUGCUUGACACUGUUACAUAUCGACUGACCAACAUGAGAUUCACUUCUCUGUUUCUCAGAGUAGAGCAUUGCUUCUUCUUCUUCUUCUUCUUCCUGAAAUGUUGUAAUUUAUAUGGUGAGAUGAUAUUUGCAUUUCAUGAUUUACAAAAACAAAACCAUACCCCCCCCCCCAAGGCCACCCAACACCAUUGCAUUAUUGCACUUUAGCAACUUCUCACCACAAUGGAAACCUCUCGCAUUCACUCUCAUAUGUUUUUUUGGUAUAAUGUGUCUGCCUAUUUCUCAGUAAGGACAUUUUCAUAAAGAUAAAAAUAAUCGCACUGAUAAAGUCUCACUAGACAGAGCAGGAAACACAUCAUUUUUUCCUGCAAAAUUCAUGUUUUCUUAAAAAAAAAAAAAAAAAGAAAAGAUUUCUACCGAGUCUACUGUCAUCGAUAUGAGAAAAUCUUGUUCUCCAUCAAACAUUCCUUCAGUCCUUCCUUCACAUUCCAGGGGUCUGUUUCCUUUCGGUUGUUAGUGUGCAGAGAGGUGAAUUCUUUUAGCGUUUUGUUUUAGCUAGGACGUGUUGUAUCUCUUGUACGAUUCAUUUAUUUCAAAGUGUGAAAAAGAAUCAUGUGAAUUUAGGAGAAUUUAAGGAAUCUCAAUGUCCGUUUUUAUUUUACGCCCUCGACGGAUGGAAACGAGUUCAGCAAUGUUUUUAGUUCAAACUUGUAACAGUUUUAUUUAUGAGCGUGUUUUACUGUACAUUUUGAGAAAGAAAAACGUGUAAAGUUUUAAACAGGCCCAGAUGCAAGUCUGGAAUAAAUGAAAUAAAUGUAUAUGUGACUUUUUUUGA